GUAGUUUCUGUUCUGUGUAAUCAGAAUGCGGCGUUGGCUACGGCGAGAAGCUUCCGGCUCCGGCUGAGGCUGCUUCCCUUCCCCUCCCAGGAGUUCGGAGUGUCGCAAGAGACGGCCCGUUCCUCCUGAGCAUUUCCUGGGUUCUGCACGUGCAGCUUUGUUGUCCUAUGGCGUCCGCCUCCGCCCAACCUGCGGCCCUAAGCGCCGAGCAGGCCAAGGUGGUCCUGGCCGAGGUGAUCCAGGCGUUCUCCGCCCCCGAGAACGCGGUGCGCAUGGACGAGGCGCGGGACAACGCAUGCAACGACAUGGGCAAGAUGCUGCAAUUCGUGCUUCCCGUGGCCACGCAGAUUCAGCAGGAGGUUAUCAAAGCCUAUGGCUUCAGCUGCGACGGGGAAGGUGUCCUUAAGUUUGCCCGAUUGGUCAAGUCUUAUGAAGCCCAGGAUCCCGAGAUUGCUAGCCUGUCGGGCAAGCUGAAAGCGCUGUUCCUGCCGCCCACGACGCUGCCACCCCACGGACCUGCUUCAGGUGGCAGUGUGGCCGCCUCCUGAGGGUUGGCUCUGCCACUGUGACACUGCCCAGGGAGGGAGGCCUUCAGUGUUCUAGAGGAUAAUAAAUGAGCCUGUGACACAG